CAAUCCUAGUCCUACCUCCAUUGCCAAGACUACAACCAGAAGCAUGCUGUAAACGACUUAUUAAGUUGUAGUACAGGCAAAGAUGAACAUGAAUAGCUCAAGAAACGCUAGCAAUGAUGACAAACAAGAAUCAGAAAGCAAGACUGCUAAGAAGGGAGAAGAAGCAGAAUAUGACAUUUCGGCGGAGACCAAUCGCGUUCCAUUUUUCAAGCUAUUCUCGUUUGCUGAUUCUAAAGAUGUUAUUUUGAUGGUUAUCGGUACAAUUGCAGCUUUGGUUAAUGGUUUGAAAAUGCCCAUUAUGGCUGUUCUUGGUGGACAACUUGUUAAUUCUUUUGCAAUAACCGGCGACUCCAAUGAGCUGCUUAAACAAGUUUCAAAGGUAUCUCUGGAAUUUGUUUUUCUCGGACUGGGGUCUGGUUUGGCGGCAUUCAUCCAGGUGGCAUGCUGGAUGAUCACAGGGGAGAGGCAGGCUGUACGAAUCCGAGGUUUAUACCUGACAACGAUAUUGCGGCAAGAAAUUGCUUUCUUUGACAAGGAAACUACUCGGGGCGAAGUUAUCGGGAGCAUGUCAGGUGACAUUAUUCUCGUUCAAGGUGCUAUUGGCGAAAAGGCUGGCGAAUUUUUUGAGCUGAUUUCUACAGUUCUUGCUGGUUUUACCAUUGCAUUCGUCAAAGGGUGGCUUCUCACACUUGUCAUGUUAUCCACUGUUCCUGCUCUUGCGAUUUGUGCAACGUCUAUGUUCAUUUUAAUGCGCAAGCAAGCAUCUCGUGCAGAAGCUGACUAUUUGCAAGCAGGAGUUGUUAUAGACGAAACUAUCAGCUCAAUCAGAACGGUUGCAUCAUUUACUGGGGAGAAUCAAGCUAUCUGUAACUAUGACAAGUCCCUAACAAAGGUGUAUAAAUCUGGCGUUCAGGAGGGAGUAGUGGCGGGAUUAAGCCUUGGUUCUUUUCAAUGUAUCCUUUAUUGUACUUAUGGCUUAGCCACAUGGUUCGGCGCAAGAAUGAUAAUUCAGAAGGAUUAUACAGGGGGUGAUGUCAUUAAUGUCAUAGUGGCAAUAUUAACUGGCUUCAUGCCUCUGGCGAAUCUAUCCUUAUGCCUGGGUGCAUUUGCCUCUGGACAAGCUGCAGCCUUUAAGGUGUUUAAGACAAUUCAUAGGAAGCCAGAGAUUGAUGCAUAUGACACCACCAGUGGGAGAGUUUUAGAUGAUAUUCGCGGAGAUAUUGAGUUCAGGGAUGUUUGCUUUAGUUAUCCAACUAGACCAGACGAGAAAAUAUUCAAUGGAUUUUCCUUAUGUAUACCAAGUGGUAAGACCUUUGCUUUGGUUGGCCAAAGCGGAAGUGGAAAAUCAACUGUGAUUAGUCUUUUAGAAAGAUUUUACGACCCGCAAGACGGUGAGAUUCUUAUAGAUGGUAUAAAUCUGAAGGAAUUUCAGCUGUUGUGGGUUAGGGGGAAAAUCGGGCUUGUCAGCCAGGAACCCGUGCUCUUUACAUCCAGCAUUAAAGAUAACAUUUCUUAUGGUAAGGAGAAUGCAACUCUCGAAGAAAUUAGAGUUGCAACUGAGCUGGCCAAUGCUGCACAGUUCAUACAGAAUUUACCUCAGGGUUUAGACACGUUGGUUGGUGAGAAUGGGACUCAGCUGUCUGGGGGACAGAAACAGAGAAUUGCCAUAGCAAGGGCAAUUUUGAAAGAUCCGCGGAUUCUACUUCUGGAUGAGGCUACAAGUGCACUUGAUACGGAGUCUGAGCGAAUUGUGCAAGAAGCUCUGGAUAAAGUAAUGGUGGACCGAACUACAGUCAUUGUCGCACAUCGGUUGAGCACGGUUAAGAAUGCAGAUACCAUUGUGGUCAUACAUCAAGGGAAUAUAGUUGAAAAAGGUUCACAUUUGGAGCUCCUUAAUGACCCUGAUGGGGCUUACUGUCAGCUCAUAAGCUUGCAAGAAGUUAACAAAGAACCAGAACCUAAUACAUUGAAACCAGAAACUAGGGUGGAGUUUGACAAGCACUCAAGAAACUUGAUGUCCCUCCAGCAAUACGGAAGUAGCAAAUCAUCAGGGAACAAUCUGCAUUCUUUGAGAAUCCCAUCUGAUCAGCCGUCUUCAGGCCUUGGUAUUCAAGAAAAAUCUCAGGAAGAAAAAUCACAAAUGGCAAUUAAAGAGAAGGACCAAAAGGUUUCAUUUGGCCGUCUUGCCAAGCUUAACAAGCCAGAGCUCCAUAUUCUACUGCUUGGUGUUUUGUUUGCAGUGGUCAAUGGAAUUGUAUUUCCUGCUUAUGCUGUAAUGUUUUCUGGUAUGAUAACUACAUUCUAUGAACCACCAAGUAAGCUUCACAAAGAUUCGAGAUUCUGGGCGUUGAUGUUCGUCACGCUUGGCAUUGUAUCACUGGUGGCAUCCCCAGCAAAAGGAUACUUCUUUGCAGUAGCUGGUUGUAAAUUAAUAAAACGUAUUCGUUCAAUGUGUUUCAAGAAGGUUGUGCACAUGGAUAUUAGUUGGUUUGAUGAGCCUGAACACUCUUCUGGUGCCAUAGGUGCAAGGCUUUCUACAGAUGCAGCAACAGUACGCAGUCUUGUUGGGGAUGCACUUGGGUUGCUUAUUGAAAACAUUGCAACACUAAUUUUUGGUUUAGGUGUCGCGUUUUUAGCCAACUGGAAGUUGGCUCUUAUUGUUGUUGUUUUGCUACCCCUGUUAGGACUAAAUGCAUGGGUUCAAGUGAAGCUCAUGAAGGGAUUUGGUGGGGAUGCAAAGGUGAUGUAUGAAGAAGCAAGUCAAGUUGCUUCAGACGCUGUCGGGAAUAUAAGAACAGUUGCAUCAUUUUGUGCUGAAGGGAAGGUGAUUAACUUGUACCGAAACAAGUGUAAUGGCCUGAAGAAGACGGGAAUAAAGCGAGGUUUACUUAGUGGAUUCAGUUUUGGCAUCUCCUUUUUCUUCAUGUUCGGUGUUUACGCUACAACCUUUUAUGCUGGAGCAGUAUUACUCAAGCAUGGCAAGAUAACAUUUCCGGAGGUUUUCCGUGUUUUUCUUGUUCUCACUAUGACAGCAAUUGGUAUUUCUACGGCAAGUUCGAUGGCGCCAAAUUUCAGCAAAGCCAAGAGUUCAACUAUAUCCAUAUUUGCAAUUCUUGAUGGAAUAUCAAAACUUGAUUCAAGUGAUGCCUCUGGAAUGACACUUGAGGCUUUGAAGGGUGAACUUGAGUUUCAAAAUGUUAGCUUUAAGUAUCCUCUAAGGCCGGAUGUUCCGAUAUUUCGUGACCUUUGCUUAACUAUUCAAUCCGGCCAGGUGGUUGCCUUGGUUGGGGAAAGUGGAAGCGGAAAAUCAACAGUUGUAUCACUGUUGCAGCGGUUUUAUGAUCCUGAUUCGGGCCAAGUUAGAUUAGAUGGCAUUGAAAUUAAAAAGUUUCAGUUGACAUGGUUGAGACAACAAAUGGGGCUGGUAAGCCAGGAACCUGUACUGUUCAAUGGCACAAUCCGAGAAAACAUCGCAUAUGGAAAGGAAGGAACUGCAACAGAGGCCGAGAUUCUUGAGGCUGCGAAACAAGCAAAUGCCCACAAUUUCAUAAGCGGGUUGCAGAAGGGGUAUGAUACAAUAGUUGGAGAGCGGGGAAUUCAAUUGUCAGGUGGGCAGAAACAACGUGUGGCAAUUGCACGGGCCAUAGUUAAAGGGCCAAAGAUAUUAUUAUUAGACGAGGCAACAAGUGCACUGGAUUCGGAAUCGGAACGAGUAGUUCAAGAUGCGUUGGACAGAGUUAUGCUAAACAGGACUACAGUUGUGGUGGCGCAUCGAUUAAUGACGAUUAACAAUGCUGAUGUGAUUGCUGUGGUGAAAAAUGGGAUAAUUGCCGAGAAAGGAAAUCAUAGUACAUUGAUGAAUAUGGAAGAUGGAUUAUAUGCAUCUCUUGUAGCACUGAACAUGGAUAGUGCAUCUUAAAGAAAUUUGAUCUGCCUACCUUAUAUAUUCUUGUAAGAAUUUAUGUUACAAGUAGUAGAUAUCACGAAUAAAAGAACUGGAAAGCAUGGUCAAAA